CUCAUAGAGACUCCGCAGUAGGACCCGCCAUGAAGACGGCAGCGGUUGGACGGUGAGAGAGCGGGAGACAGAGCUCUCCUCCCACAGCAAGGGACACGCAGGAGAGGCGGGAUCUCCCUCUUCGUGUUUGUGACACUGACUGUCACGCUACGUUUUCCUCUUCUUUUGCACGUUGAUUGUUUACAUCACCGCAGCCCGCGUAACACCGCGUUAACACGUCCUUCUUCAGCGUUGGCCAGUAAACGCGGACAGAGAGAGAGAGGCGGCCGAGCGCGGGUAACAGGCACCACGUUCUGGGGUAAAUAAACAAAACCCGCGUGGCUCUGCGGACUCGAGUUUUGCAUGCGGAUUGGGAGCAGCCGCGUCACACAUUGAUUCGCAGGACACCUGAGGCAGCGGCGACACACGGGAGGGCUGCGUGGCACAGGUGCGCCCGUGGGUUCCGCGCGCGACCUCCUUUGCAAGUUAAAUGCGAAGAGGAAGCGAAGCGGCGCGAACAAAGGCGUCCAACAAAGAGUGGAAGCGGACGCGCGGCGAUGGUGGCGAAGAUGACGGCGUUCGCGUGCGCCGAUGCCCUCGAAGAUGGUAAUGGAGACGUUUCACCACUGGAUGCAAAAGACAUUCUGAAUGAAAAUGAAAAUGGCUCUGACAGCACAGAGGAAAGCUCUGAGGAGGACGAAUCUGAUGAGGGCUCCACCGAGGCUAACAACCCUGGAGAUGAAUCUGAUGCUGCAGCUGGUGAUCCAGAUCAGGAUACAGCUGUGGACCCUAAAGCUGAAGAGCACAGUGAAGAAGUGGCCUUGACCCAGCCCUGUUGUGAGAGGUGCAAAGCCAUUUUGCAGAAUGAAAACUAUGAUUCUGUAACUCCGAGAAAACUUUCCCGUGACCGUCUGCAGUUAAUGCUGGAGGAUGAGGGGACAUACAAGUGUUCUGUCACAGGCCUGGUUUUUGAGGUCUCUCAGAAGGUCCAAAUCCAGUACUCCACUUUGUCAUGGAGCAAGUUUGGAAUGUUCCUGAAAGAUUCCUGGAAAUUUGCUGGUCCAAUUUUUAACAUCGAAUGUGACCCGUCCAUCCUGAAGUCAGUCCAGUUUCCUCACACUCUGUGCCUUGCUGAUCAGGAAAGCAAGGUGACCUUCAGUGUCCUCCAUGUGAAGAACAGCCGUCCCCUCAUCGAGCCAACUGUAGACCACUCUGGGAGCCAUGUUAAAUGGACGGUGACAUCCCUGUCCCCUGUGGGGCCAAUUGUACAGACGCCCCAGCUGGCAGAGCACCAUGGGGUGGUCCUGGUUUACAAGGAGGUGUGCCAACGCUCAUCCUGCUCCUUCCGUGUGUACCUGGCCACCAACAACCACUCGGACAUAAAGGACAUCUCGAAGGAGGUGCGAAACUCAAAGAAGAAGUAUGUGAAAAUUGAGAAGCCUCCAACGUGUCAGAGGCUGCUGGAGGAGAAUAAGAAGUACCGGCUUACGAGCGAGCCAGAGGGCGAGAUAGCCCCUGUGGAUUUGCAAUUCACGAUGGCAGUGGUGAAAAUCAAGGGCUACUUUGAGGCCUUUUUUGAGCAGCCACCACCCUUCAAGCUUUCCCUCAUUGAGGCUGACUCAGGACAAACAGUGUGGACUGCCACGCUCCGAGAAGGUGAUUGUGAGGACAAUAUUAUUGAAAAACCCAGAAGAAGAACAGAGAGUCGAAAAAGAAGCAGCAGCACCUCAGAGGAGGAGCUUUCCAAUAAGAGGACCAAAUGGGAAGAUAUGCCAGAUGGGGUACGAAAUGCAAAGAACACAGAUGUCACAGACCAGCAGCUGAUGAUGGUCGCCAAGGAAAUGGGCAAGGAGUGGAAACAGGUGGCUAUCUGUUACCUGAGCCUGAGCAUGCAGGACAUUGAGGAGGUUCAGGAUGAGGACCUCACUAUGCGCAAGUUCAAGAUGCUAGACCUGUGGCGCCGGCGGGCCAAGGGUGAUGCCAAUGUGGCACGCCUCCAGAGUCUUCUCAACCAGAAGGACGUGCCCAAUGGGGUUCGCGAUGUGUUGGAAGACAUGUUGGCCAAUAAUUCUUUGUGACACGAUGAAACUGGAAGUGCUUCUUAGUUGUUCUGUUUUGGGAAACAACCAGAAGGAUUUUUCCAGCAACGCCAACAGUGCCAUUUGGGUCACAGUUUGUGGCACUGAGGGCUCUGCACCUGGAUAAGCAGGACUCUGCAGAUGGCAGGUUAAAUACCUUUUGUUCCAGACUUGUCUUGGAAAUAACGAAACUUAUUCUUGAAACUUGAGAUUCAUUUUGUAAAAGGCAGAUAUAAUCCUGUUGCCCUGGAUAAGAUGCCUUUUUAUAUACAUAGAAUAACUGCACUAAGUGAUGCUGUCUUUGCAGUUAUAAGCAAACCUGAAAGUUCUGUACAUAUUUGAGCAUGUGUAGCUUUUAAGUCUGUGGAGAAAACCACUGUGACAUGCAGGAGUGUCUCGGGUUUGAGGAGUGAUUAGGCAGGAAAUGGCAGUGGGUGAAUUUACAAGAUUACUUCCCCCUAUAUUUACACAUUAAUACUAAACACAAACUCAUUUCUAAAGUUAAUAGCGAAAUGAGUACAAAUGAACUUUUGGUUCUAAAUAACAAAUGUACGAAACUUCCAGAACUUUGGCAAUAUUGCAAAUUAAAAAGACAUCAAGGAAAAGUGAACUCUAAUUCCUCGCUGUAAUGAUAGUUGCUUUCAGGAGUUUCCUCAAAAAAAAGUUUUGCUGAAACACCCAUCUGUUUCAGCAGUCUCAUUUGGCAUCCACAGUUCAUAUUUUAUAGGGCCUUUAAUGGGAUGAUUGGCCGACCUUGGUGCUUGUUCACCUUUAGCAAACCGUCCCCAGGUCAGCUGCCAGUUUUGGAGAUGAGGUGUGGCCAGUCUGCAGCCUACUAGAGCCACUUUUUAUACAGCUAGCAUUAGACUGAUUGAAAAUCAAAGGAGUUUUCAGUUGCAGUAUACAUAUAUUUUUAAUUGAUUAUUUUUGUAACAGGUAACUUUUUGGUGCUCUGUGAUUUUAUUCUUUGCUACAUGGAUGUAUGUUUUUGUUUUGUUGUUGUGCAGGAAAGUGUGGCUUGCAUUCGGUCAUGAUGUUUUGCUUGAAUUUUGCUGACAUUCCCUGAGCCUCAACAGUCCUUGUUUACUGCGUAUAAACGGACAGUAGCAUUUAAGACAGGUCACUAAAGAGCUAUGGGUACUGUACAUAUGUGGCAUAAUCUCAAGCAGCCAGAAAAAUUCCCAUAAGCAUUUAUUUUUCUUAAUUUAAAGGUGGCCUGGAGAAACACUAUGCAUUUCCUUUAAACUUUGAGGUUUUUUCUUCUCAGGACUGAAGAUGUUUUUUUCUGUUAAGUGUAUCAUUCCUUUCAAACAAGAUGCAUUUUGAAGAGUUUAAAGACCACUUAAGUGUUGUAGUGCUGAAUACAACACAGGGUUGCACAUGAAUACUAUGCUAGGAUGUGAUGUAUUUGUUAUUGGACAGUGUAUUACACUGCAAAUCCAUGAUAUGUCAUUAAGUACACACUUGGUUUUAUACUUUCAUAUCUUCUUGACUGGGCAUUACAUUGUUCUGACCAAAUAAAAUUUAUGAUUUUG